UGCUAGUAUGUUACAUACCGCUAGCUCGGCGAGUUUUUGCAAGCCCAGGCCGCUGAGGACCACCUGACCCCAGCACCGCUCCUCGGACACUGUAAGCUUCAUCAGUGGAGCGGCCUGCCGCCCAGCACAGCUCGCCCGUCGCCGCGUGCUCCCCGAGCCGGAGAGCCUCUCUAGGCCUCUUUGCAGCAACAAGCGCCGGCGCGAGGCGACGCGGCACGGCUCCAGCGUUCGGUAGCAGCGCGGACGCCGCGCCGUGAGAUUGGAGGCCGCACGCCGCCGCCGCGCGCGCGCCGAGCACCAUGGGCGGCUCGAGCAAGCUCGACAAGCUCAAGGCGAUGCAGAAGGAAGGCAAGAAGGGUAUUGUGGUGGACAAGACCUUUGGGUUAAAAAACAAAAAUAAGUCGAAAAAGGUCCAGCAGUUCUGCAAACAAGUGCAAGAGACGCAAAACAAGAACAAAGGAAUUGAUGCGGAGUCGAAGAAGAAAAAAAAGAUGACUAAAUUGGCGAAAUUACAACAAGAAAUGGAGCUCAAAGCCCUAUUCUCGGAAGGUCUCUCGAUCACGGUCAAGAAGAAGGACCUGCACAAGAAGAAGGCGCAGCAGGGCGGCGGCGGCGGCGGGGGCGCGGGCGACUACUACGACGAGAACUGGGCCGAGAGCGAACUGGCCAAGGCCCAGGCCGCGGGCGGGUCGACCGAACUCACGCUCGAGCAGCGCAUCGAGAAGAAGCGCCAGGAGCUCCGAGACAAGGGCGUCAAGGGCACGCCCGUGACCCCCGAAACCUUUAAAGCGUGGAAAGAGAAGAAGGCGAAACGCUUGUUGGCCGAGAAGAUGGCGUUGCAAAAGGCCGAGACGCUCAAGAAGAAGGGCAAGUCCGUCUUGACUGGCAGAGAUUUGUAUCUCGUCCAAAAAGACGUCUUCGUCGACGACGCCGAGGCGACGGAGGACUACACGCGGCAGGUCGUCGCCGAGGAGGGCGACGAGUUGUACGACGAGAACGGCGCUUUGAUCGAAGACGCGGAGAGGCCAGCAGUGUCUGUGGACGGCGUCAAGGUCGACGCGGCGCUUUAUGGCGACGACGACGACUUGGACGACUUGGACGACCUGGACGACGACUAACUUGAUAUAUGUGAGUUUCUUUUUGGGGUUGCGUAAUCGCGUGCUUCGUCUUGUUGUCUGGGGUGCCGUGCACGCGCGGCGGUAGAGCGCGGCGGCCGUGGAGAGGACUACCGUCGCCGCAUUGGCAGCGUCAGGGUGUCGUUUAGAGCCGAGGGGUCGUCAGCCUCUACGCCAUCGACGUGACACGUGCGAGACGCUUGAGUUGGCCGGCGCGUUCUCCAGGUCAGCAUCGGCCUUUUGCUCGGAGGCGUCGGGAGGC